AUGAGUCCCCAAUGGAUCCCCCAAAAUAUCCAAAAGCGGCUUCUACUAUACGUAUUGAACCAGCUUUCCCUUUUUUCUGAGGUGGAUUUACCCAAUCUUGAAGAAGUAUCUUUGAACAAUAUAACAUUGAAGGAUGUCACUAUUGAUCCAGAAAAAUUGGGGAAACUUCCAGGAUGUAACUUACGCUUUGGCAAAUUGGGCUCUUUGGAAUUGACAACUGUUUCUGGUAUCAGUGGAGUUAGAGUCGACAUCAAAAAUGCACAAGUAGUGGUGUCGCCUGAUUUCGACAAGGAAAUCUCUCAAAGUCUGUCGCAGUUCCUGUUAGCGCAAAGUACCGCAGAUUUGGCAAAUACGAUAAUGUUGGAGACUAAUGAAGAAAGGAAGGAUGAUGGUGUUGUUGACAGCGAUAGUGAUACCGACGACGAUGAACUAAUAGCACAGCCUUCUUCAAACACCGCAAGAAGGCGAAGCUCGACUGUAUCAAAUAAAUCAUCGACUUUGGGAAGUGUUAUGCAAAAGGCAGUCGAAAUGGCUCUCCUGAGAAUACAGAUACAUAUAUCCAACUUGUCUUUGAAAUUGGUUACUGAACUGACCGAUUUGCUACUUGAAGUUGAUGAAGUAUUUAUAAAUACGGUGAAUGGAACGCGAACCAUUAGUAUUCAAGGUGUUCAAUUAAAGACAUUGAGACCAAUAGUGAAUGUGGGAAGCAAGGGGACAGGUAGAGACUCUCCUAGUGAGGAGAAAGAAGAGGAAGAGCAGAAGAAAGAGAUGGAAGAAGAAGCAGAAGCACUUCUUCUUCUUCUUCUUCUUCUUCUUCUUCUUCUUCUUCUUCUUCUUCUUCUUGAUAAUGAUGGUUACGGAGAAGAAUCUUUGAUGAAUAGCAUGGUAUUUACCCAUGAAGAAGCCAGUUCUAUCUACAUGAGUGCCACCUCGCAGUCAUUCCCAAAACCCACUGCUUCGGAAGGUCCCAUCGACAAUAAACAAAGCCACAAUGAGCUGAAAUAUGUACCUCCCACUAUUCUCCAUAUUAACAAUUGCGAUAUUGCAUUUGAAGGCUUACAGAACAUUAACAAUUUGGAAGCAGAAAUUGAUAGAAUAAAUUUGGCCUCCACCCUGAUCACACCGACUUUAGUGUCUAUAUUUGCUGGAUUUACUCGAACAUUGAAAAUCAAAUAUCAGCAGCUCAAAAAACCAAUGGCUUCUUCUCCUUCUUCUUCAAAACAGCCUCUCAAAAAUGAAAAGUUCCCCCAAUACUCAAAAGAAGAUGACUUAGUUGAUGGGAAAUUGUCUGAUGACACUGACACUGACACUGAUCCCGAAACUGACGAUAAUGAGCCACUAUUAAAUAAAAUAUCAAUAAGUAGUCUCAACCUCAGCACAGAGUCUUCGAUAAAUGCGACUGGCGAGUUUUCAAGCACAGAAGGGACCACUAUUCUGUUUGAGAAUAUCAAUAUGAAGCACAAAAACGAAUUAUUGUUAUUCGGUGGAGUAGAGAAAAUUUCAAUUGACCAUGGAAGCAAAGGUCAAAUAACAAAAGUUCUUUAUUUUGAAAGUCCAGGGGAUGCAGGUCGUUCCCAGAGGUCCGCUUCGCCCAAUAGUGUUCUGUCCAAUGCCACAGGAUCUAGCUCUUUCUCAAAAGCGGAUUUUAGAUUUGAGGUAUUUCAAAAGGCCGAGGAGGAUUCAGAAUUGGAAUUGACAUUUUUAUUCGCUAAAACGGCACAAUUCCAGUUUAAUGCAAAGGGUUUGGCUAAUAUUACAAAAUUCCUAGUUGAAGCUAACCUAGCCAUAACCGAGUUUACAAAAUUCAAAAAUGCUUUGAGUGAGUUUCAAAGUCAACGAGGUGGGUCCCGUCAGCAAAUGCAAAAACAAAAUAUCUCACAAAGAAGCCAACUUAUUUUCCAAACUGCUUCCAUAGGAAUCAGCGUUGCCAUGGCUGAUGAUUUUAUUUUCAAUAUGCGCAUUUUGCCGGUGCAAUAUGAUUCAAACAAGAAUGAAAUGCUGAUACCUGCCAUCACAUGUAAUGGAAUUAUCAAAGGAGAAAGAGUUGACAAUAUCCUUAGUAUAAAUGAUAUUGUUUUGAGAUUUACGCUGAAAGAUUUCACAGCACUUGUGCAACCUGCACCAAGCAAUCCUAGUCGUAUUUAUAUCACUCCACGCGCCAUGCGAAUGACUGCGAAUAUGACUUUAAACAUUCAGGAUAUCAGCUAUACGGCUUCUGUAGAAGAAUCGAAGAUCAUGAUCAAGAAGACACAAAGCAUUGUACAUGAAAUAUUGGAGUUCUUGAAUGAAGGUACUCUGGCAACAACAACGGCAUCAUCAUCAUCAUCAUCAUCAUCAUCAUUUUCUUCUUCUCCUUCCUCAACUUCAUCCAGGAAUCAAAAACAAGUAAAGAUCAAUCACUCGUCAUCUUAUGUGUCCUCAUCGAUUCGAAAUGUACGAAGGGAAAGAAGGAUUGGGCUUGGUCCCAGCGGUUACCCGCAUGGAGCUAUAUCAUCAACAACAACAUCAUCAAUAACAACAACAACUAGACUCAACACUGCUAGCUUCAGUAUCAUGCUUCAAAGAAUUCACAUUAGAUUGAAGGAGGUAUUACCCAAGUUUGGAGAUGCCAAAGUUGAGAUUAGCGGUAUUAAUUUUUUCAAGUUGAACCAGGAAAUUCUUGGUUCAUUCCAUUCAUUGGAUAUAAUUCGCUCAAAAGAUUCAAUUACAGAGCAUUUACUUUCCAGGUACAAGAAAAAAUUACCAGCUAGUUCUUCUUCUUCUUCAUCAUCUCCUUCUCCUCCUUCUCCACCCCUUUUGCCUUUGAUUUUGGUCAAAUUUAAGUUGGCUGAGAGGAUAUCCACACUUGAAGUAACAUGUCAUGAUUUUUUACUUGAGUAUUAUACCCUCUGGCUAACAUUUCUUGGUAAAGACGAGUCAAUAAUUGAGGCUGUUGAAGAAGAAUUGAUAGACAAAACCGCUCCCCAAACUGUGGACCCUGUGAAAACAACCAGUAGAUUUGAUGUUAGGAUUACUUUAUACAAUUGUAUGAUUGGUCUUUCUCCGGGUAGACUCGAAUGCAAGAGUGUUUUGACAGUGUCAAAAGGUAAUAUGGAUUUUGUUUUUGCUGCUAAUCAGUUUUAUAUCAAAAGCUCAUUUCGGGAAAUUGCGAUUUUAUUAAUUGACGAUGUUAAGAACUUGACAGCAGCUACUACUAAUGGAAGUAGUGCUCAAUCUAAUACUAUGCAAGAUCCUGAAACUGCUCAUGUUGAUUAUAUUUUGGACAUGGGGUAUUUACAAAUUGGAAUUAUCAAUGUGGCGCAUGUUGGGCUUACUUUUAAUACAAACGUGGAAGAGGUUAGAAAAAGAAAUCAAGAGUUGGGUAUCAGAGAUAGCUUGUCCAUUAUAGAUUUGAAGAUUAAUGCUGACGAUAUCCAAUUAGAUUUGUGCGCCGAUUCCACAAACACAUUUCUUCAGUUGGUGAAUGACCUCAAGUUACCUUAUGAUUUUGAUGACAAGGAUAAAAUCAGGGUGAAUGUUUCGGAGGAAGUCGACAUACUAAAAGAUUUGAAUGAUGAAAUGUACACGGAUAUUAGCGAAGCGCUAAUCGAUUUGAAUAUUGAGAGCGAUAGUUUUGUCAAUGAAAGUCAAUUACAGGAAGAAUCGUUAGAAUUUCAAGAAGAGCAUUUUGAUGGAUUCGACUCUAUAAUUUCUAGUGAUAAGAAAGUGGACCCGCUCAAGAUCAAUGUGAAUCUAUCUAAAGUGAAAUUUUAUUUGCAUGAUGGGUAUGAUUGGAAAGAUACUAGGAAGGCUAUACGAAAGGUUGUAAAAAACAUUGAGUUGAAGCAAAAUAACCAUAAACAUAAACACGUUGAUGAGGUUUCUGUCCAAUCUGCGUCCUUCUCAGAUAAACCCCCCAUCGAAGAAAGGAAGUCGUCAAUGAUUGAGGAAACACUUUUCCAAUCCAUACAUGUAAGUGCUCCAAAAGUUGCCAAUGGGUCGGAUUUAACAAAGAGUAUUAAUUUGCGAAUGCAGAAUGAAGAAGCUAAGGAUGACGAGAAAAUGGAGGCGAAUAUACAAAAUGGAAGAAACUACAAGAACUUAAAGCUUAGAAGGUCCGUGGACCAUAAAGUUUUAGCAGAUUUGAAGAAUAUUGAUAUUGGGGUAGUUGUUUACUCCACUCGAGAUCCACGACGCGACAAAACUGAUCCUGAAAUGAAAUUCGAGUUGUUGAAUUUGGUCGAGGUAAGUUUAGGAACAAUUGAUGUAUAUGAUAAUGUGCCUACAUCGACUUGGAACAAAUUUCUUUCGUAUAUGAAUAUUCUUGGUGAGAGAGAAGUUGGAACCAGUAUGUUCAAAAUCAAUAUUUUGAAUGUGAGGCCUCAACCGUCAUUGGUGGCCACCGAAGCUAUAAUCAAAGCAUCUGUUUUGCCAUUGCGAUUACACAUUGAUCAAGAUACUUUGGAUUUUUUGACUCGUUUUUUUGAUUUCAAGGAUACUAGAUUUGAACUACCUCCCGAUGAAAUAUUGUACAUACAAAAAUUCAAUAUGGAUCCAGUAAAGUUGAAAGUUGAUUACAAACCUAAAAAAGUAGAUUAUGUCGGAUUAAGAUCGGGGAAAUCUGCUGAAUUUGCCAAUUUCUUUGUCCUUGAUGGAUCAAGUAUAACGUUACCAAGUGUUCAGUUGUAUGGGCUUUUGGGGCUUUCUGAAUUGGGACUUGGAUUGGGUACAACGUGGGCUCCUAUCUUUCAGCUGACACAGGUAUUGGGUAUUAUCUCGGGAGUUUCCGCCCUUCGGUCUGUGGUGAACAUUGGGAGUGGAUUCAGAAACUUGGUUGUUAUCUCCAAAAAGGAGUAUAAGAAGGAUGGUAGGUUUUGGAGAAGUCUUCAAAAGGGAACAAAAUCAUUUGCCAAAACUACAGGUUACGAACUUAUUAAUAUGGGUGUGAAACUAGCUUCCGGUACACAAGUUCUUUUGGAACAAGGCGAAGAACUAUUAGGUGGUGAAGGUUCUUCUGCAAGAGUCCCUAAACAAUCUAGAAGAAGUUCUGAUGCAUCUGACAAAUCAUUUGAGGUGGGAGAUGGUACCGACUUUACUAACAAUAUAUUGAUCAGUUCGGAGAUAUUGAGUAAAGCCGCAUCAAAGUAUGAAGAAAGGAACAAAUAUGUUGGAGAAAAGUUGUAUUCUAAUAUUGAGUUAGAUGAUGAGUACGAUUCAAUUAGUGGUAUCAACAAGGAGCUUUUAAGCAAAUCAAUUUUCAUAUUGGCUCCUCCAAAUAAUGGCAAUCGUGAAACCAAUAUUGAUAAGAUUUUACAGGGAAGUAAAAGUAACAAAAAAAGAGAAGAAAAAGACGAAAGGGAAGAAGAAGAAGGGAAAGAAGAAGGGAAAGAAGAAGAAGAAGAAGAAGAAGAAGAAGAAGAAGAAGAUGUCGCAUUCGAUGUGUAUGCUAUCGAUGAUGAUGAUGUAUUAGGAGGGGAAGAACAAGAAGAAGGGGAAGAUGAAGAAGAAGAAGAAGAAGAGGAGGAGGAGGAGGAGGAGGAGGAGGUGGAGUAUCGAGAAAAAAUGAUUAGUUUAUACUCUAAUCAACCAACAUCAAUUCAACAAGGCUUGAUAUCAGCUUAUAAAUCGUUGGGCAAAAAUUUCAAAGUGACCCAAAAGCAACUAACUAAUUUAGUAAAGGAGUUAGAAAGUAAGGAAACAGUUCAAGAUACAUUGAUCACUGUAUUGAAAAGCUCACCUGUUAUAAUAAUUAGACCAAUUAUUGGUACAACGGAAGCUUUAUCAAAAACGUUGAUGGGUAUUGGAAAUAUUAUAGAUUCAAAGCAUAUGGUUGAAAAUAGGGACAAAUAUAGGAAUGAGGCCAGUGACGAAGACAAAUAG